AUGGCUUAUAUCAACAUGGCUCCUCACCAACCAUGUGAUAGCUACUUUGUCGAAACCGAGGAUACUACGUGCGUCAUCUCUACGGCAGAACGCCUUCAGUAUGAGUCCAUUAUCAAGAGGCAACGACAAGAACGCAUUGCAGAUGAGCUCUCUCAGGAAGUCCGUGCCGAGUACCUGCCAGAAAUCGUCGAUCAUAUGGCAGCCAUGGAGAAACAAACUCUCCCAGACGUUGCUUCGAUCGAUAUCCAAGAGGAGAUCAAAUGGUUUAUGCGUCCGUACCUCGUUGACUUCUUAAUUGAAGGUCAUACGUUUUUCCAACUCCUACCCGAGACGAUGUUCCUCGCCAUGAACCUCCUCGACAGGUACUGCUCCCGUCGUGUCGUCUACAAGCGUCAUUACCAACUCGUUGGCUGUGCCGCCCUGCUCAUCGCUGCCAAGUAUGGCGACCGCAAGGACAGGGUGCCGCUGAUCCGGGAGCUCAAGAGCAUGUGCUCCAUGCUAUACGACGAAGAGAUGUUCACCCAGAUGGAGUGGCACGUACUCAACACCCUCGACUGGGUCAUCGGACAUCCUACCGUGGAUAGCUUCCUUCAACUUGCACUCUCUAACGCUGCCGAGGAGGACAUCGAGCUCGAGCACAUGGCUUGGUACAUCUGCGAGAUUGCCCUGUAUCACAGAGACUUCGUGUCCACGAAGCCCUCUGUUAUGGCGCGAGCUUCGCUGACCCUUGCCCGUGCCAUCCUUGGCCGCCGGGAAGUCGUCUACGCAGAUUGGGGCCACGAUGACAACAUCACUCUGGUGGCGUUGUCCCAGCAGCUCAACCAGCCAUCGAAGAUCCUCGCCAAGAAAUACUCUUCGCCUUACAUGUCUAGUGCUUCGACUGUUCUGGAGAAAUUCAUGGAGCACCAAGCCGCCAUUGCUCGCCGUUCAUCUCCACCAACUCCUCCAAACGACUUCUACCACAAGUCGGUCGAGAACAACGACCACAUAUACCACACUCCACAAAAGCCUUCGAACAACCCCACGAUGGCGAAUGGUUAUAUCACGCCGCCGAUUACUCCUGAGGGCGAUUACAACCUAGCAGUAGGCAACAACCCGUACCAAGGACACCCGCAAAGACGUCCGAUCACACCGUCGCCUGUCAGCAACGACGUAUACCAUCACCACCAACAACAACAGUACCACCACUAUCAACACAUCUGA